AUGGUCAUGGCAUUACAGGUCACUCAGAAAUUCAUAGAAAGAGACAAUUUCACGUCUGGAGGAGGUUUCAUCUUGGUGGGCUUCUCAGAUCAGCCAUGGCUGGAGAGGAUCUUGUUUGUGUUCAUCUUGAUAUUCUACCUUCUAACACUCAUGGGUAAUGGGACCAUAAUCCUGAUCGCCCAUCUGGACUCCCAGCUUCAUACGCCUAUGUAUUUCUUCCUCACUCACCUGUCCUUUAUUGAUCUCAUCCAUGUGACCUGCAUCAGUCCUCAGAUGCUGGUCAACCUUGGGAGUGCUGACAAGUCCAUAAGUUUUGGAGGAUGUGUAGUUCAGUUUCUCAUUACCCUGUGUCUAGGGACCACUGAGUGUAUCCUUCUGGCCAUGAUGGCAUAUGAUCGUUAUGUUGCUGUCUGUCAGCCCUUGCAUUAUUUCACCCUCAUGCCACCACAGCUGUGUUGGGCAUUGGCCAGCAUAUCCUGGUUUUUGGGUUUUGGUAAUUCAUUAGUCAACACACCUAUCACAAUGACCCUUCCUAGAUGUGGCCACCACCGGAUAAACCAUUUCUACUGUGAGAUGCCUCCAGUGAUACAACUAGCCUGUGUGGACAUAUCAAAUUAUAGGAAGGGGAUUACAAUCUUGAGCAGUGUGUUUCUCAUCUUUCCUCUCUCAUUGAUCUUGAUCUCUUAUGGGCGCAUUGUCUAUAGUGUGUUGGGGGUGAAGGCCCCUGGGGGUCGACAGAAGGCACUUGGGACCUGUAGCUCCCACCUCACAGUGGUAUUCAUCUUCUACAGUACUCUCAUCUAUGUAUAUGUGACCCCAAAGCCAAAGCUCUCUCAUGAUGUGACCAAGUUUGUGGCACUGCUAUAUAACUUGAUUCCACCUGUGCUUAAUCCCAUAAUUUACACUUUGAGAAACAGAGAUGUCAAGAAAUCAUUAAAGAAGCUAAUGAUAGGGAAACGAAAGAGAAAAAGGUAA